UCCAGGAAGCGGCGGUUGCCACGGUAACGGGCCCGGACCGACGCGCUGCCGCGGGGACGGAGCGAUGGAGCCGCGCCCGGGGCCCGCGGGGAGCGGGGCGGCUGAAGGGCCGCAGCCCCAGCUCGAGGGACCGCCGUCCGACUGCUCCUUCCUGACCUGGAGCGCCGAGGAAGUGGCCGAGUGGGUGGCGCAGCUCGGCUUCCCCCAGUACGAGGAAUGCUUCAGGGCCAACGGCGUCAGCGGCCGCCGCCUGAUCCACGCGAACUGCUCCGGCCUGCCCGCCAUGGGCGUCACCGACUUCGGCCACAUGCAGGAAAUUUCACGACACGUGCGAGAGCUGCUGGGGAUUGAGGAGCCUCUCUUCAGCAGAUCCAUUGCCCUCCCAUACAGAGACAAUAUGGGUCUCUUCCUGGAGAGAAAGGCACCAACAGGAGAGAAAGCAGAUGCGCUCACUUUCUCACAGUUUAUCCAAAAAGCAGGACUGGAGCCCUACAAUACAGCUCCUUCUUUGCCAGGAUCCCAGACCGUGGUGGGAGUGGAUGCUCUCCCUGCAUCACAGGACAUGCAGAGGCAGAAUUAGAGACUCAUACUGCAUUUUUGCCUUUGUAAGAAGCCCAGCAGCCACAGCAGACUGUACCCUUAUUACCUGGCAGAUUGUUCAAGGAGGUACAGUUCCACCUUUUCACAAUUACAAAAUAUUGUGCACUGCACUGCCACUGCAACUCUCAGAUAUCUUAUUACACCAAACCCAUUCCCACAUUGUCUCUUUUCUGCAAUACUUUGUUGCUUGCAGGAACUAAGUGAAGUGGAGGUUGUUGAUCAGACUCUACCAUUGUCUGUUUUUCACUUCUGCUUCACAGAUGAUUAAAAAAGAUCAAAACCACAAUCAAAGACAUAUUUUAGGCACAAGUGAUUGAUAAGAACUGCCCAGAUGCUCAAGUGAAUAGAUUUCUCCCAGGCUUCAGUGUCUGCAGACUGGGCUUGCUCUGAAACCCAGAUAAAUGGCAUAUACAAUAACUGGUGUACAGGUGUGGUGACAGCUGCUAUCAGCAAUCAUAAUUAAGCAAGGGGUCUAAGUGCAACAUGCAUAACUAAUCCUUGGCCACAGAAAUUAUUUCCUGUGAGGCAAACCAGGCAGGCAGUGUUUUGUCAUGGUAAACAGUACUGAAACACAUGAUAGAUGGUGGCAGAAAGUACAAAAGAAUACUGAACUAGAGAAUUUAGGGAAUAAAAAUUGCUUUGUCCUGAGUGGAUUUGGACAGAGUAUUCAGUUACCUGCUUUUUCCUUGAA